AUGGUCCUAUGUGACCGAGAGCAGUGGACAAGUGGCGCUGAGUCUAAUGCCCCGGGCUACUUGGCUCUAGAGGCCGAAGGGCGCGGAGGAGAGUACCUCCUAACCAGUCUCACUAUACCAGCCUCUAGCGAGUCAACUAAGAAUCAGGUUAUGAUCAAGGUGCUUGACCCCAGUUUCACACAUCCCCACUUCUCAUUCAUUACUCCGGGUCGAAUUCCAUGA